CAGAUGACCGGGUGUGUUGUCCUCCUGGUUCUGCUUCACUUCUGCGGCCCCACGCUGCAGUCAGACCCUCAUGGCGUCCCCCGACUUCAGGGCCCGUCCGCAUGGCGAAAGGUGACGCUGGGGGAAGUCGUCCCUUCCAGGGAGGCCAUGAAGGAUCUGACCGUCAUCCAGACCCAAAAACCCGAGGAGACAUCAGACUCCUCCCACGUGUUCAGAGAACACAGCAACCUCAGAUGGGUGUCAUGGAAUGGUUCCCUGCCCGACGGGGCGGUGGCCAUCUUUAACGGCUACACGGAGCGCACGGACUACGUGUGCAAAGUCAACUGCGAGGCGGGUUUCUUUACGGCCAGCAAAGGCGACUUCUGUCGCUACUCCUACGCCGACAAAGAGUACGCCUCGUCCAAGUUUGAAGUGCUGGUCAACGUGGAUCACUUUGAGUUUCUGGAGUGGGUGGAGGACUCGUACGGGUCCGUCCCACGGUACGCCGUCAGUACCUGCGACCAGGUGGACAUCUUCGUGGGCAAGAACAAGUACGGCCUUGGCAAGGUGGUGAGCCAGCACGAGGCCUUCUUCCUGCCCUGGGAGGGCGAGGAGUACUGGUACAAGAAGUACCAGGUCCUGGCCAUCAACACAGACGUGUACAGUCAGCACAUCUCCCACGUGGAGUACGCCGUGGACCGCAUGGAGCUCUUCCACCAUCCCCCGGAGACCCUGCAGCUGGCCAAAGUCACCAACCUGGAGUGCGGUGCCGUGAUGAAGACGGUCAGCCUAGAGAAGACCAGCGCUACAGAGAAAACCUGGGAGACCGGCAAAGAAACCCGCAACGGCUCUGUGUCCACCAUGAAGGCCAAGGUGCCCAUCCUGGGCCCCGGGACCGUCGACUUCACCAAGGAGCAGCUGGUGACCUUCUCGGAGGGGACCAGCGUGGUGGAGGCCAUCAGCCACUCGGUCAGCGUGGAACUGAUGGUGCCGCCCAACUUCUCCUGCAGCGUCAGGAUGGACGGCAGGAAGAUGAGUGCCGACAUCCCCUUCAAGGCCCGGCUCAGCCGCACAAACCACAACGGGGACACCCGCUGGACGUCCAUCACAGGCACCUACGACGACGUGAGCGUGGGCGAGAUCAAUGCCGUGGUGGAGAGGUGCCAGCCCGUGCCGGAGACCCUUCCUUGCUCUCCCCCUCAACAAUGAACCCUCCGUCUCCUUGUUU